UUGGAAAUUGCCGCGCCGAGGAAGAAUGAUGGCAUUAUCAAUUUACAAUGACGUGCCGGCAUGUCUUCUCCAACCUUUAGCCUAUCGCCGAGACGAUUACGAUCCGGAUGAAAUAGUCAAUUGGGACUCGACUCUCAUUCCAUCACCGGAGAUAACUUAUGCAGCUGACACUUGCCUCUGGCUAUCCUUGAAACCGGCACGAUGGUCAUCUUCAAGUCAAGACAGCCGCCUAUUGACCUUCCCACCAGGCUCACAGACUGGGACUGGCUAUUCGAUUCCUCAUACUCCCCUAUCAACAAAUACCCAGCAAGCGAGCUCGCUGGCUUUCAGAAUGCCAUAACGAAGGAACGCAUUGAUUGGGCGGACGUUAAAAAGUACUCCACUUACAUCUCCACUGCUUUAGUAAAAGAUUAUGGCCUCAAGACGGGUGAAACAGUGGCACUUUUCAGUCAAAACACAGUAUGGUAUCCAGUCGCUAUGUUUUCAGGACUCCGAGUAGGAGCCAAGAUCAGCGGCGCAAGUCCGGCGUAUAAUGUCGAGGAGAUGACAUUUGCCCUGAAAACAGCAGAUGCAAAGUUUCUCAUGACGACACCCGGCAGUAUGGAGAUUGCGGCUGCGAGUGCUAAGGCCGCUGGCUUACCACAGUCGAACGUGUUUCUGCUUGAAGGUGAAUUACCGGGAUACACAACGGUUCAAGAUCUAAUCCGCGUGGGCGAAGCGUAUGGCGAGUCAGGACAGACACCUGCGUACAAACAUCCGCCAGGGACAAAAAAUAAGGACGUCUGCGGCUUCCUAUCAUUCUCAUCUGGCACUACAGGGCUUCCGAAGGCUGUUCAGAUUUCACAUCAGAACGUAAUAGCGCAAUGUCUCCAAAUUCAGCAGAUUACACCAACAACACAGAAGAAGAUCAUGGCAGUUCUCCCGCUUUUCCACAUCACAGGUCUCGUCCACCAAAUGCACCUCCCAGUCUUACUGAAUGCCGAAGUCAUUAUGCUACCGCAAUUCACAAUGGAGAAGAUGCUGGAAACCAUCUGCGAAUACAAGCUGAGCGAGCUUCUGCUUGUACCACCAAUCUUGAUCAGACUGGUCCGCGAUCCGAUAGUGGACAAGUACGACCUCAGCCAUGUCACUCGAUUCUCAUCUGGCGCAGCUCCCUUGUCGGAAGAGAUAAUCCAACAGCUGCAAAAGAAGUUCCCGAAUACAGGCUUCAAGCAAGGCUACGGCAUGACAGAGUCAUGCAGCUGCAUCACAGCCCAUCCACCUGAUAAGUUUUCCUACAAAUACGCGCAUACCGGUGGGGCUAUCGUGGCCUCCACAGAGGUCAAAAUCGUCAAGGACGAUGGCACAGAAGGCGAUAUCGGCGAAGAUGGCGAGGUGUUGGCCCGCGGCCCGCAAGUCGUAAUGGGCUACCUGAACAACGAAACGGCUACCAGGGAUACCUUUGACGAAAAUGGUUGGCUUCACACGGGCGACCGCGGCGCUAUAGACGACGAGGGCAUGAUACACAUUACCGAUCGCAUCAAGGAGCUCAUUAAAGUCAAAGGGAUCGGCGUCGCACCCGCUGAGCUAGAAGAUCUCCUCUUGGGCCACCCGAAAGUCGAGGACGUAGCUGUGAUGAGCGUCAAAGACGACUAUUCUGGCGAGCUACCAAAGGCGUACAUUGUGCUGAAGCCUGGGAUCGAGGAGAAUACAGCGGUCGGCAGGGAGAUCAUUGCCCAUGUCAAGGAAAAAAAGGUUAGGUAUAAGUGGGUCAAGGAGGUUGAGUUUAUCGACGAAAUUCCGAAGUCUGGAUCUGGUAAGAUUCUGCGGCGCAUCUUGAGGGACAAGGAGAAGACUGGAAAGUUUGGCUUGGUGGUCAAAGACGAUGCGAAAGCGAAGUUGUAGGUGUAGAUGUUGGUAUUAGUGUUGUGAAGACCCCCCAGCUAGACUAUGUGAGUUAGUGCGCAACCAAGUGGAGUUGCAAGAGUUUUCCGCCCAACUCACAACCCCGCUGUUGCUUCUCUCGUCUACUCCAC